GGGCCCCCGGCCGCCGUGGCCGGCUCGGCCUGCCCUUUGUGCCCGCAGCCCGCGCCCCGUGCCGAUGGCCGCUGCGCCGGGCUUCCCGACCGCUCGCGCCCGCAGACGGACCUAACCCCGCGCGCCUGGGAUGCGCCGGGGAUGCGCGUCCUCCGGCCCUGCUGCUCCUCGCGGCUGGGCGCCGGGCGAUGGAGCUGAGCAUGAAGAAGUUCACCGUGCGCAGGUUCUUCUCCGUGUACCUGCGCAAGAAGUCGCGCUCCAAGAGCUCCAGUCUUAGCCGACUCGAGGAAGAGGGCAUCGUGAAGGAGAUUGACAUCAGUCAUCAUGUGAAAGCAGGCUUUGAAAAGGCCGACCCUUCCCAGUUUGAACUGUUAAAAGUUUUGGGACAAGGGUCCUAUGGAAAGGUGUUCCUGGUGAGGAAGGUCAAGGGGUCGGAUGCUGGGCAGCUCUACGCAAUGAAGGUUCUGAAGAAGGCCACCUUGAAAGUUCGGGACCGAGUCAGAUCGAAGAUGGAGAGAGACAUUUUGGCAGAAGUGAAUCACCCUUUCAUCGUAAAGCUUCAUUACGCCUUCCAGACGGAGGGAAAACUCUAUCUGAUUCUGGACUUCCUGCGCGGAGGAGACCUCUUCACCAGGCUCUCCAAAGAGGUGAUGUUCACGGAGGAGGAUGUCAAGUUCUACCUGGCUGAGCUGGCCUUGGCUCUAGACCACCUGCACAGCCUGGGCAUCAUCUACAGAGACCUGAAGCCAGAAAACAUCCUCCUGGACGAAGAGGGACAUAUUAAGAUCACAGACUUCGGGCUGAGUAAGGAGGCCAUCGACCACGACAAGAGAGCCUAUUCGUUCUGCGGGACGAUCGAGUACAUGGCGCCCGAGGUGGUGAACCGGCGGGGCCACACGCAGAGCGCAGACUGGUGGUCCUUUGGCGUGCUCAUGUUCGAGAUGCUCACGGGGUCACUGCCAUUCCAGGGGAAGGACAGGAAGGAGACCAUGGCCCUCAUCCUCAAAGCCAAGCUGGGCAUGCCGCAGUUCCUCAGCGUGGAGGCUCAGAGUCUUCUGAGAGCCCUCUUCAAACGGAACCCCUGUAACCGGCUGGGUGCUGGCCUGGACGGCGUGGAGGAGAUCAAGCGCCACCCUUUCUUUGUCACCAUCGACUGGAACAAGCUGUACAGGAAGGAGAUCAAGCCGCCCUUCAAGCCGGCGGUGGGCAGGCCAGAGGACACCUUCCACUUCGACCCCGAGUUCACGGCGAGGACGCCCACAGACUCACCUGGCGUCCCCCCCAGUGCCAACGCUCACCAUCUGUUUAGAGGAUUCAGUUUUGUGGCCUCCAGCUUGGCGCAGGAGCCCUCGCAGCAGGAUCUGCACAAAGCCGCGGUUCACCCCAUCGUGCAGCAGUUACACGGGAACAACACCCGCUUCACCGAUGGCUAUGAGGUCAAGGAGGACAUCGGGGUGGGCGCCUACUCCGUAUGCAAGCGCUGUGUGCACAUGGCCACAGACGCCGAGUACGCCGUGAAGAUCAUCGAUAAGAGUAAAAGGGACCCCUCGGAAGAGAUUGAGAUCCUCCUGCGGUACGGCCAGCACCCCAACAUCAUCACCCUCAAAGACGUCUACGACGACGGGAAGUUCGUGUACCUGGUGAUGGAGCUGAUGCGGGGUGGGGAGCUGCUGGACCGUAUCCUGCGGCAGAGGUACUUCUCGGAGCGGGAGGCCAGCGAUGUGCUGUGCACCAUCACCAAGACCAUGGACUACCUCCACUCCCAGGGGGUCGUUCAUCGAGACCUGAAGCCGAGCAAUAUUCUGUACAUGGACGAGUCUGGAAACCCCGAGUCCAUCCGGAUCUGUGACUUCGGGUUCGCCAAGCAGCUGCGAGCCGAGAACGGGCUGCUGAUGACCCCCUGCUACACAGCCAACUUCGUUGCCCCGGAGGUCCUGAAGCGGCAAGGCUAUGACGCGGCUUGUGACAUCUGGAGUCUGGGGAUCCUGCUGUACACCAUGCUGGCGGGAUUUACCCCUUUUGCAAACGGACCAGAUGAUACCCCUGAGGAUAUCUUGGCAAGGAUUGGCAGCGGGAAGUACGCCCUUUCCGGGGGAAACUGGGAUUCCAUAUCUGAUGCGGCAAAGGAUGUCGUGUCCAAGAUGCUCCACGUGGACCCUCAGCAGCGCCUGACAGCUGUCCAGGUCCUCAGACACCCGUGGAUCGUGAAUAGAGAGUACCUGUCCCCAAACCAGCUCCGCAGACAGGACGUCCACUUGGUGAAGGGAGCGAUGGCUGCCACCUACUUCGCUCUGAACAGAGCCCCCCAGGCCCCGCGGCUGGAGCCCGUGUUGUCCUCCAGCCUGGCGCAGCGCCGGGGCAUGAAGAGACUCACGUCUACGCGGCUGUAGCCGAGCCUGGCGCCCGCUCAUCCUGCACCUUCUCGGGCAGCCGGAGGGGAUCCAGGCGGGACCUCCCGACGCCUGGCUGUGCUGACCUUGCCAUCUCCGCCCCCAGCCGACCAGCCGGGGCCCUUCCACUGCGGACCUGCCGAGUGCCUGGAGGGUCCCCCAGCCCGUGGGUCUUGCGCAGUCGUGGCCUGUGUUUCCGUGGAGACGUGUGUUUCCCAGUUAUAAAGUCAGUGCCCUGGUCUGAUUUCCGGCACACACAGCCCAGGUGUCACGGUGCGAAGGUGACAGUUAACGGCAGAGCCCUGGGGGCCUGGCUUCUGUGCCUCUGCCCUUGCCCACGGCUGAGUGACCGGCGGGCACAGGGCACCUAGGAGCAGAUGCCUGGUCCCUCCAUAUGAUCCAAAGAGCCCUCGUCUCAUUGCCCCCCACUUGGGACUGAGGCCCCCGUGUUCUCUCCCGUUGCAGAUCUGAUGGGGCGAGGCCACCCCGGCCCCGGGAGCAGCAACUUCGCCUCGGUGGCCACGCUUCCCAAGAAUCGCUCGCGUCCCCGGGAGGGAGCCAGCCCAACCUGUGCCCAUGUUUUCGCGUUCUCCUGAGGACCGGGGUCUGCAGGAGCGGCUCAAGGGUCGCCGCGGCCGCCCCGAGCUUCCGAGAGGGCCUGGGCUUCCCUGAGUGCUGGCUUUCCCCUUUCAUGGAAACCCUGUGGCCCGUGGGAACCCUCAGUUGGGUUGCCUCUCGUCAGUCCCUUCUCGGUUCCCCUGGAGACCCCUGCCCCCGCCCGGGGCCAGAGGGGAGCAGAGGAUGUGUUGCUGAGAGCAGGGGUGCCCUUUGUGGAAGCUGUGCUUUUGUGUCGUGCUUUGUGUUUCUGUUGCACAGGUCUGUCCUCACCUGACAUGUCAGGGAUACUUAAUGUUUCCCCCGGGGCGUGUGAACACAGGAGUGGGUGUGAUGCAGGGCGAGCCACCGCCGGGGCCUGGAGGACAGAGGCCUGUGUCCUCCCAGCUGGCCCCAA